UAAUUUGGAAGGAAAGUUAAGAAAAUAUCGCGCAGUAAGUGCCGUUGUUAUGGCAACGCAUCAUGUGUAAGAAUACUGUCACAGGUGAAGCGCCGCUGACGUCGGUGAUGUGACUGAACUGAUGGAGGGAGGCGCGCGUUCAUGAGGGGGGUGGGGGGCAGAAAAGGGGAAUCGACCGUUCUCCCGGUCAUGUAACGUGACAUCUCUCCUGCUGGCGAGUGGCAACAUAAGCGACGCGUAACCGACACAACGACCUCUCAGGCACCGAAUGCGCAUUGCUUUGCUAUGCGGAACCGUGAGCCAUGAAAAUGCUUCGUUUCCGGAGCCCGAGCAUCUCAUCUCUCCCGCAGGAGGUCCAGUGCACGAUUCGGCUGCUCGACGACUCCGAGAUCGCGUGCAGCAUCCAGAGAGACACUAAGGGUCAGUUUCUCUUGGAUCAUGUGUGCAAUCAUUACAGUCUACUGGAGAAAGAUUACUUUGGAAUCAGAUAUGUGGACCUAGACAAACAAAGGCAUUGGCUGGACCCAAGUAAACUAGUGGUGAAACAGAUGAAAUGUCAGCACCCAUACACUAUGUGCUUCAGGGUGAAGUUUUACCCUCAGGAGCCAAUCAAGAUCAAGGAAGAGUUGACAAGAUAUCUGCUGUAUCUACAGUUGAAGAGAGAUUUGUACCACGGCAGGCUGCUAUGUCCAUUUACUGAUGCUUCGUAUCUUGGAGCUUGUAUACUACAGGCUGAACUCGGGGAUUAUGAUGCGGAGGAACAUCCGGCAGACUACAUCAGUGACUUCAAGCUAUUCCCUAAACAAUCUCCCAGACUUGAUCGCAAGAUCAUUGAUAUCCACCAGAAUGAGCUAAGGGGACAAUGCACUGCACUCGCAGAGCUGAACCUUCUUCAGCGGGCUCAUACAUUGGAUACAUAUGGUGUUGAUCCACAUCCCUGCAAGGAUUUUACAGGAUCCACAGCAUUUCUAGGAUUCACUGCAAGAGGGUUUGUGGUUUUCCAAGGAAAUAAACGGAUCCACCUUCUAAAAUGGGCAGAUGUCAGCAAAUUUAAGUUCGAAGGGAAAACGUUUUAUGUGAUUGGAGUACAAAGAGAGAAGAAACUGGUUCUGACGUUCCACACCUCCACACCAGCAGCCUGUAAACACCUGUGGAAAUGUGCUGUAGAAAACCAGGCCUUUUACAAAUGUGCAAAAUCAAGUCAGAUAAAAACGGUGUCUAGCAGCAGCAUAUUUUUCAAGGGAAGCAGAUAUCGGUACAGUGGGCGGGUGGCUAAAGAAGUGAUUGAAGCCAGUUUAAAGAUUCAGAGAGAACCACCUGCUGUGCACAGGUGUCAGUUUGGUCAAAGCAGAAGUUUUACUUCACUCAGUCAUAAACAGCUCAUAAUGAACAUGGAGCCGCUUUUACCGGCACUGAGCUCUAGCAGGGAACACAGAGAUAUCUCAGCAGACAAUGGACUCUUGGCUUUGAAAGACUCCGUUCACUUAUCUCCACUAAAACCAUCAGUGACACCCGAGGAGGUGGAGAUAGAAGAUCUGGAAAACAUUCAGGAAAGACAAGAAGAUGAGAUGAGACCAGAUGAGGAGAGGAGAGAGACGCAUGCAGAAAAUGAAGAUGACACCGACAGCCUCACCAUUUCUGACACAGCGUAUAACCCAUGUGCCAGCAUGGUGCCAACACCAGUGGAGGAGACCCAGGGUGGGUUAGACGUGCUGUUCCAGAGCCCUGCGCGCCUGCUGAAGGAGCUCCAUGACGAUCCAGAGAUGCAGGUGGAGCUGCAGGCCGAACGAGAGCGGGAAGUUGCCAGAGAGGCGCUCCGCCAAUCGUUGUGCAACCCGUUAAACGGGCGGCAGCAGGUGCAGGCUUGCCUGCGCAGUGCCGCGCGUCUGGUGGUGAUGGUCGCUGGCCUUCUGAUGAUUUUACUUCCACUCCUCCUCAUGCUGCUGGAGUCGGACCUGGACAUCUCGUUCUUGCACGACAUUCGGCAGACGCCCGAGUUCGAGGAGUUUCACUACGAGUACUACUGCCCUCUGCGACGAUGGUUCCUAUGCAAACUCGAACUCAUAAUGGAGCAGCUAUGGGGCGAAUGAGACGCAUCACCAGAGAGGAACUUGGAAAGGGGGGCGGGAACGGAAUGAAGAAGAGGUUUGCUAUCAUACAUCAAGUUAUUUAGGCUCAUUCAUCGCUGAAAGUUAAGUGAAGCCAUACAACAGUUUGAGGAUAAGGAGAACUGCUGAUGGUGUCGCAGAAAUAAAGUAGUUUCAGUCAGCUAUAUAAAGGGCAUUAGCAAAGCACAUCUCGCAAAAAAAGAAAAGAAAAAUGCAUUAAAACAUUAUACAUUUUAUCUUUGUUAGUGUAGGCCAUCUCGAAAUGUUUUUUUGCAAAUGCUCAUACACUAAAAAACAUUGUGUUAGUCAGGGUCCAAAAUUAACUGUUAUUCAACCUGUCAAUGCUUUGGAAAAUGAUCUAGGUAUACAUCUGUUUUUAUUUUAUUGUUUGUGUUUUACUGGUCAUCAUACGAGUGAAUAUUGACACAUAUUGUGAUUUCUCAUAUUUUGUUUGUGGCUGUAACACCAGAAAUGUGACAUCUCUUAAAAGUGGGGUUAAAGGGCCGUUCACAUUAACGAUAACUAUAACUAUAAAAAAUACAGUUUUAAAAAUCUUUUAUAUUAAAAACGAUGAACAAUAUCAUUGGGAUCACUUUCUGAGCGAUUUUUACCCAACUGAUGAACGAUAAACCAUUGACAGUCAAUCAAAUCUAUUUGAAAAGACAGAUGACACUGUGGAGAAACUCAUUGCUGAGGUCCAAAACACAAAAUGACCUCAUGUAUCUGGGUGAUUCUCACGAAAACUUGGUUUUAAACAUGUCAAGCAUGAAAAUGUAAAAAUUGCUUAAAUUUACUUUUUUCCCACCAGACAUUGAAAAACAAAGUCUGGAGGAAAUGGGAACAUUAAUUUAAAAACUUUUACUUAUCAUUUAACACUUUUUGUAACAUAAUUUAAAAAAUUUGUCCUAAAAAAUCUCAUUACCGCAACAGUCAGAAAACAUCAACACUGACAUAUUUUCAAAAUAUGACAUGACAAACCUGAAAGAACAUAAUUUGGAGAUUCUGCACAUGCAUUUAAAAUCA